UUUACAGACCGGACGGACUCGUUUUGUUUUUUUUAGUCAUCGCAUCGCAAGUUCACAACAUACAUAGAUAGAGGUUGCAGUGCGAGUUUGUGUUAGCUUUGAAAGAUGGAGCUGGAAGUAGAUUUUCUAAAAAUUCAAGCGACUACUCCCGAUCCAUAUCAAUGUACACUUUUUGAUGAACAGAAGAAAUGUGAUAUUAUCGUUGCAGUUAAGAGAGUAGUAGCAUCCUUCUCAAUUAUUGGCUGCUUGUUAAUGAUCGGUGUGAUCUGGCUUUUUCGGAAAUAUAUUUUUUUUGUGCAACGCCUGAUCCUUUGUUUGAGUAUUGCUGCACUUUUUGAUUCUAUUGCCCUGAUGGGUGACAUGCACCCUGAUGGACCAUGGUGUGAAUUCCAAGCUUGGAUGCUCUCGUUCUUUGAUUGGGCUGUGCUAUUAUGGGUAUGUUGUAUCACCUUUAAUCUCUAUUACAACGUUAUUAAAAUGAAGAGUUCAGAAAAGUUUGAAAUAUUAUAUCAUGUAAUAUCCUGGGGAUUUCCCCUCUUUAUUUCUCUGCUUCCAUUCAUCGGUGAUCACUACGGACCAGCAGGUGCCUGGUGUUGGAUUAAUGGCAGUGGUGAGACAUAUUGGCGUUUCUUUACAUGGUUCGGACCGCUGUUUGUUAUUAUCAUCAUCAUGUUUGCGGUUUACAGUUAUCUAACGUACCGUCUGAAUCAGCGAGUGAGGACUUGGGAGGGUACAUACGAUCCUGAUGUAGAACACAGCAAGGAGCUCCUGAAACAAGACAUCAAACCUCUCAAGGCCUACCCUUUCAUCUACUUGGUGCUAUCUAUAUUCCCUUUGAUUAAUAGAAUCCAGAAUGCAGCAAAUCCUGACAACCCUGUGUUUGGUCUUGUUCUGCUCCAUGCCAUCUGCUCCCCUCUUCAAGGGGUCUUUAAUGCCAUUGCGUAUGGUCUGGAUAAAGAGACUAUCAGCCGAUUGUCCUGGCCUCAAAUAAACAAUGCUUUCAAGAGUAAGUUUAGUAGCAAGGCUGUGAUUGGUGAAUACAAUAUUGAUGAUCCAUCUGCCAAUGAUGAUCAAGCUCCAGUUAAGGAUGAAAACAUGGAAGUCGAAUCGAAAGAUUCGCCAGACUCUGAGGAAAACCAGGAAGGCCAGUGGUCCUCUGUGAAUUUACAGAAAGACUGAUUCAUUGGACAGGUUCUGUUGCAUUCAGGGAUAUGGUCUGCUGUAUCACGUAGAUAUGUCUCAAAUCGUUUUCCAUGUUGUUAUUAAACAUUUUUUCCAAUUAAUGUUUUUAAUGUAUGCAUUUUAAUAAUUUUAAUGCUAGUUACACAAAUGGGAAGCAAAUGCUGGUAAGGUAAACACAAGGGGCUGACGUGAUGUGGGCCAAGGGCUGGUAAAAUGAAGGUGGUAGGGUGGAGGGAAUCACAGAAAGAAUUUCCUCUCUUAACACAUUGACUACCAGACCUUUCUUGUAAGCUUCUUCCUGUGUAGUUUGCCAAAACAAGUUUACAUGUACAAACAUACUUUUUGGUGGGAAAUUAUUAGGGGAUGAGUAAACUCAUCGAAGGCACUGGGACAGCAUUUUUUAUUGACUGUGCCAAGUGCAAGUUAUCUCGUCCACUUUUUGCAUGGGUUGGUAUAUGUUCAAGGGCGCCCCCACUUGAGCCACUCGAAUGUACUAUCGGCAACAUAACACAACAAACAUACAUACGUUAUUUGUACGUUAUCGUCUAGGUGUAUCUUCCCAGAACUACCAGCUGUUGAGUCUGGUCCUACAAUGUAUAACAAAGACGUUAGAAUGUUACCAAGAUUUUGACGAGUAUACUUGUCCCUGGCGCCCUCAACAACACCCCGUGAGCGAGGAUACUCGUUGCUGGCAGCCAAUAUGUUAAGGCUUAAGCAAGAAAGUGGUCUCAAAGAUUCCAGGGCAACAAGCUGACAGGUUUGCUCAGGAGACCAAAGCUUGGCCAUUAAAUAUAUAAGUGUGUGUAAAAUGUAAAAAGUUGAUUUAGAGAAAAUGCCAGUAAAUAUAAAUAUAAGCCUUCAUGAUGGUCAUUAUUAUUGCAUUAUAAACAUUGUGCAGAUAUACAGAAUUAAUUUUCAAACAUUCUUUUAAUUGGAGGAAUCUUCCUGAAUUGUUCCAUUGGUUGUGAUGUUCAUACCAGCAUAUUUUGAUGUGUGCAAUAUUUACAAUUUAUUUUGUAAGUGUUGAAUAUAUCUGAUGUUUUUUAGAGUAUGUUAACUGUCUAUGGUAGAUAUAGCUGAAUUGUAUGCUGUAGAUUUCAUGAAUAACCUGAAGAUUUUAUUAUAUUACUUUUUUUUAUUAUAUUUUCUUCACAUCACCAAUUUUAGGAUGGAAUGAUGCAUUGGUGAGGUUUUGGAUGUGCAGUGUUUUUAGUCAUGAGAAAAAUAUCCUGUUGUCACAGCCGGGAUUUGAAAUUGGUACUUUAUAAAUCUUUAUUAUUAUUAUUCUUAUAUGGCGUUUACAGAUUACAGGUGUUGGUUAUGUAAUCAAUCAUAUUAUUAUAUUAUAAAUUAUCGGAGAACGGAGAAGUGUUUCACUUCUCAUUGUGCCUUCCAAAUAUGCUGUCUGAUCAUCAUGUAAGUUAUAAUCAUGAGAUAAUGAGAAUUUGUAUAAAAAUACUUAUCGUAUUAUAUGGAAUGUAAUUGUAUUAUUAGCAUAUAUAGUUAUAUUUAAAUACUGUAAAUGCAGUGCCUAUUACAAAUUAUUGGAGUGUUAAAAUGGUAUAAUGUAUUGUAUAUAGGCUUGUUAUCUGAAUUGUUGAGUGUUAGUAUAGUUUGUCUCAAUGAUACUACAAUUAUAAUAGUA